GUUUUGGUUUCGCAAACAAGUAAUAUAGUCGUGAUUUCGCGAUUAGGGAACAAGAUAACAAAUGUCAACUUUCAUUCUUAAAUAUCAUUUAUUCUUAAAACUCAUUUCAGUGCGCCUUUGUUUAAAUGACUUGUGAUAAUUAACUUAUUUAUAUAAUGUUUAAUUAAUAUUAAUUCUAUGAAGAUUCAUCUUUCUGAAUAUAUUUCGGAGGCACACGUUAUUUAUGUUACGAGAUAUCUUGGUACAAAAUUAUUUGAAUGGAAAAAAUGGAGAAGAAACCGACAACAUGGAUUACACCUUUACAGAAACAAUGUUGGGUAAGUGUAGGCGUUGCACUGAACAUGGGUCAACUGGGGUUGAUAUUCGGCAUCUCCAGCACGUUGCUGCCACAACUAAGAGAGCCAGAUUCAACUAUAACCAUCGAUGAGGAAUACGGCUCUUGGAUAGCGGCACUACCGGGCAUAACACUCAUACUAGGCAACUUCACCGUGCCCAUUCUAAUGGCGAAAUUUGGUAGAAAAAGAGCCAACUUGAGCAGCAUUAUCGUCCUCGGAUUGGCAUGGUGCUGUUUAGUGUUCGCCUCUAAUGUCGCCAUGCUACUUGCAGCACGUAGCCUCCACGGCAUCGGAAUGGGCAUGAUCUCAACCCUUGGACCGGUUCUUGUAGGGGAAUACACCACACCCGCUAACAGAGGAGUGUUUCUUAUGUUUUUAUCUGUCUCCAUCGCUGUCGGGGUCCUAACAGUACACGCGAUGGGCUCCUAUCUUAAUUGGAAAACUGUAUCUAUCAUCUGUAUUUGCAUCGGUAUAAUAGACUCAAUCAUAGUAUUGUCUUCACCAGAAUCACCUAGCUGGUUAGCCAGUCAAGGGAGGUACGAUGAAUGCAAAAGGACAUUUCGAUGGCUCAGAGGGGACACCGAAGAAGAAGAAUUAGAUAAAUUGAUAAACUCAAAUGUCCUGGCAAGGCAAAAAGAUGAAGACUGCAGUAAUAAAGACACUUUUGUAAUGAAAUUAAAAAAAGAUAUCGUGUAUAUAACAGACACUAUUAAAAGAAGAGAGUUUUACAUGCCUAUAGUAAUAAUGUUUCAUGUAUACGGAUUGAGUCAAUGGAGCGCUGUGAAUAUUUUUUGUUCAUAUGGCGUAGACCUUAUACACAUGGUGAUCGGAAAAGAUGUCGAUGUGCCUUUGAUAUUGAUAUCUCUUGAUUUCCAGCGAUCUGUUUCUACAGCUGUGGGUCUAAUUAUAGUAAAGAAAGUGAAAAGAAAGACUCUAAUGAAUUUAAGUGUCGGGUUGAAUCUAUUAGCUAUGACAGUCACAGCUGGAUAUGUGUUCUUGAGGAAUCGUGACUUUUUACCAUACGAUAGCAGUUACAUUGGUGUGGCCUUAAUGCAUAUUCAUAUGUUUUCAAUUGCGACUGGAGCGAUGCCUCUCGGAUUCAUUCUGGCUGGUGAGCUAUUCCCCUUACAAUUCAAAAGUUUGGCUGGAGGAAUCAGUGCGGUAUGCCUCUCUCUCACUGUUUUCGUUUCUAUUAAAACUGUGCCAUUUUUUCUCAAUAAUCUACAAUUAUACGGCACUUUCAUGCUAUACGUUGGUUUAGAAAUAAUCUGCCUUAUGAUGGCUAAUGUGUUGCUUCCUGAGACUAAAGACAGGACUCUGCAAGACAUAGAAAAUGAGUUUAAAAAUAAAUGUGUCCGUCCUACUACAUAAAUAUACAUACUGGAAAAAUUACGAGUAAGCCAGACAGUCCGUAUGAGAAAUAUGGAGACUGACUGAUUUACACUUCCAGUUAACAAUCAUCAUUACCAGCC